AUGGCCCUACAAACCCCCACCCUCCCCUCCCACCACGGCCCCUUCCCAAAGAACUCGCCCUCCCUCUCCCUCCUCCUCCCCCAAAAACCCACCGCCCGCUACGCCCACAACGCCCACUCCACGGACCCCGCCCACACCACCGCCAUCCGCGAAGCCCUCCAACGCUCCCACGACCUCGUCCAAUGCUUCAACGACCGCAACUUCGCCCUGGGCAAAACCUACGCCUCCCCGCGCUUCAAAGCCCGCCACAACAACCUCGCCGUCGAGCUGAACCGCGAGCAGCACUUCGCCGCCUACGAGAUGAUGUUGACCAUGAACCCGAGCUGGAAGAUGGAGAUUAUCGGGGAGCAUGCCGAGGUGGAUCUCAUUCGGGGCCAGGCGUAUGUGUGGUUUUUUGUUAAGAUCUUUGGGGAUGUGGAGGGCGUGACGAGGGAUAGUUUGGGGUUGUUGCAUUGGGAAAGGGAGAAGGAUGGGCGUCGUUCACUCCCAUUCGGGUGGAGUGACUACUCAUACGGUCCUGAGGAUGGACCACGACGCGAAGCUCAGCGACUUGCUCGCAACAAGACCGAACAGGUUUCCCUGCCACAGCAUCGCUCCCCGAGAGCUGCGCUUCAGACCCACAAGGUAGAAAGGGCGUCAUGA